CGGAAUUGACUUCAUCACCCUUUCUUCUCUGUUACCAGUCUUGCUUCAAUAUUGAUCCUUCAUAAACUUAUUCCACCGUUCAUUUCUGUAACUUCAACUAAAAUGUAUCCAAAUUCUUUUUCAAUCUCUUCCCUUCUGGCUCUUUUCUUCUUUCUUUUUGCCUUGAUCGGAGUUCCAACUACUCUUUGCGUCGAUGACCCACGGUACUCAGACUGCAGGACAACCAUAAGAUGUGGAAGCAUAGCUUUUGAUUACCCUUUCUGGGGAAUGAACCGUGCAAAUUACUGUGGCCCACCAGGGUUCGAGCUGAAGUGCGAAGAUGAAGUAGCAAAGAUCACGAUGGGUCAAAAUACGUUACGAAUUCUUGAUGUAAACCCUCGACAGCAAAUUCUUCAGGUUGCUAGAGAGGAUUACUGGAAUGGUUAUUGCCCAACGGAACUAAUAAACACCACCAUCGACUUCAAUCACUUCGAUUUUGGCUCAAACCUCAGAAACCUGACCCUAUUCUAUGGUUGCUACCUACCCUCGGUGGUUAUUUUUGGAAAUAACUGUACCAUAAAUGGUGCCAUUAUGGAUGUGUCAUAUGCUGUCACAAGUCUUCUGGUCGAUCCUCGUCCGGUGGUAUGCCAACGAAGUGUCAUUGUUCCAAUUUAUGAAAGAGCGUCUCAGAUUCUAGAGGGAAACCCGUUGACUGUGAAUGAUGCUUUGAAGGGAGGUUUUGAAUUGCAAUGGGAAGUAGAUAGUGAUCGAUGCAGAAGAUGCAGUGAUUCUGAUGGGGUUUGCGGAUAUAAUCAGACUACAAAUAGUUUCAUUUGUUUUUGCCGUGAUCAACCUAGUGAAACCACAUGUUCACCGACAACACAAGUGAAUGAGAUGACUCCAUUAACUCUCAAUAUUUUGACCGGCUGA